UUGUCCUCCUCAAAAUUUCCCCAAAACUCCUCUUCCCCUUCUUCUUGCCAAGGAAGCAAACAGCAAGCGAGGGCGUGCGCAAAUGGCGGAUUCGUCGGCGCCGACGCGGGUGAUGAUGGCGGUGAACGAGUCGUCGCUCAAGGGGUACCCGCACCCCUCCAUCAGCUGCCGCUCCGCCUUCGACUGGAUGCUCUCCAAGCUCGUCCGCUCCAACACCGACGGCUUCCACCUCCUCUUCCUCCACGUCCAGGUCCCCGACGAGGACGGAUUUGAUGAUAUGGAUAGUAUAUAUGCAUCACCGACGGACUUCCAGAGCAUGAAGCAGAGAGACAAGAUAAGAGGGAUUCACCUACUUGAGUACUUCGUCAACGAAUGCCAUCGAUUGGGGAUAAAAUGUGAAGCUUGGACCAAACAUGGGGAUCCAAAGGAGGUUAUCUGCCAUGAGGUGAAGAGAGUCCAGCCUGAUCUUCUAGUUGUUGGAAGUAGAGGCCUCGGGCCAUUUCAGAGGGUUUUCGUGGGCACGGUGAGCGAGUUCUGCGUCAAGCAUGCCGAGUGUCCAGUCAUCACCAUCAAGCGCAAGGCCAACGAAGCUCCGCAGGACCCCAUCGACGAUUGAUGCUUUCGUGCAGCCGUGGUUACUUUGAGAAUGGGACGUUCUUCACUGCUCGAUGAAUUAAUAUACAAAAUACAAUCUGGAAGUGACUGGGAACUGGUACAAACUUUGCAGAGCGCGCCCCAAAACUAGAGUGAAGAACGAAAACGCCAUGAUCGCCGAUGGAUCAUGGAUGCCUAGUAGUAAAUGCCUAGCAGACACUCUAUCAUAUGAUGAGAUGCAUCAAGCUGUGAACCUAAAGGCUACUGUGAUGAUCAUGAACCGGGCUUCGCAGAGACGAAUGUUCCGCCCCUUAA